CGAAGCUAAACGACAGUCGGGAGCAGAUGAAAUUUGUAAAGCAAUUUUUCUUUUUUCCUCUUUGCAAAAUCGCAAUUGGUUUUAAAAUUUCUUCGUUAACCGCCCUCUUCAAUUACAAGUCAUUUCUAAAUUAAGUCAUAUUGUUAAUAGGAAUGAUUAGAUUAAAUUUUGGACACAGCCCAUAAAAGAUAAUAACACAAAGCUUAAAGAAAAAUUCUGUUAAACCCUAAUGGAUAAACCCCAAAUUUUGCCCCAGAAAACCCCAAUUCAUUUCCCUCACCGCCCUAAACCUCAUCUUAAAAGCCAAACUUACACUAAUUUAGUUCGAAUUAUAUCUGAAUGCUAUAAUCAUCCUCAUCUCUGUAAAAUCCCCCCAAGUAUUUCACAGGAACUAAUACCAGCUUAUGAUAGCAAUGAACCAAGGGAAGCAUCUGCAAGACAGGUGCUUGAGCAAAGUGAACUGGUUACACCUGAUGGCACUGAUCAUAAUUAUUCUGUGGCUCAAAAUAAUUUGUCAACUGAUGAGAAUGUUAAAGCUAUUGGGCUCCAGGAUGGAGGGUUUAGUGAUACUCAAGCUGUGAUUUAUGAGAUUGAAAACAUCAUGGGAAUAGAAGAAGAUGAAAACACAUUUAAAGAAAAGGACACAUCAGAUAAUGAUGGCAGUGGUGGAAGUGGUGUGGAUGAUAAAGAAUUUGGGCAGUUGCAACAGGUGCUAAUGGAUGAGCUAGAGCAUGUAAUGAAAGGAAGUGAAGAUGUUGUUCAUGAUAACAAUUGUAAUUUUUCAACCUUCUUGUUGGAUGAGAAUCGGUGUGGUGCUGACAAAGAACGUGCUAGUCAAAAUACAUGUGAACUUAUUGAGUUGUCAGUAGAUAAGAGUAUGGAUUGUAAAGUUUUACAUAUAAGUGAGAAUAAUGAGGAGAAAAAUCCCUCUCCGAGAACUAACUUGUUGGAAGUCAGUCAUGAAAUGCAGCAAAAAGAAAUGGAAUCAGGAAAAUCAGUCUGUGCUAAUGAUGCAGCAGAUUCUUCUAAUAUGAUUGAAGAUGGUAAAAUGGAAGAAGGAGAAAUUGCCGGUGAGUUUGAGGUCGAUGAAAGAUUAGAUGAUAUGCCUCUUAAAGAUUCUGCAUUGCCUCUGGAGCAGAAUAAGCAACUUUCUGAAGAGUUUGUUGAUAAAAACAAGUUCCCUUCAAAUGACAAGAGAAAAUCAGAUAGAAAAGAUCCUGGUUCCCUUUGCAUGACAGUGGAUAUGAUGAAUGUUACUGAUAAGAAAGGAAUUGAAGCCAAAGAUGUUAGAAAUCAGAUGGCUUGUAAACGCAAGGUUGUUGUUUAUGAAGAUUCUAUAUUAGCUCAAGAGCCAAAUGAGUAUAAGAAACAAAAGAAAGGUCAUGAAACUAAGGAACGAAAUAAAGGCAGCGGAGACAAAGAAAAAAAGAAAGGUAAUAUUGGUUGUCCAAUGAUCUGCUCUAAUAACUCGGCCUUGUCUGCCAAAAAAUUAGAUCAAGGUGCAACUGGAAGCCAAGGAAUUACAUGUAAAGAAAAGCAGGAUUCUGGUUUAUGCAACAAGAAAAAGCGGGGACCUCCUUCCGAGGAAAAGAAAGAAAAGAAAAAGGAAAAAAAACGAAAGAAACGAGCACAAAAGAACCGAGAGCUUGGGGUUAAGAGGCUCAAGCUACGCCCAGUAGAGAAACCAAAACCUGUGGUAUUCUGUCGUCAUUACAUCAGGGGAAGAUGCCAGGAGGGUGAAAAGUGCAAAUUUUCACAUGAUACAAUACCAUUGACAAAAUCCAAGCCAUGUUGCCAUUUUGCGCGUAACUCAUGUUUGAAAGGGGAUGACUGUCCAUUUGAUCAUGAGCUCUCGAAGUAUCCAUGUACUAAUUAUGCAUCAACAGGUUCUUGCAGCAGAGGUGAUGAUUGCAUGUUCUCGCAUAAGUUACCGCUCAAGGAAGAUCUUCCAUCUGCUUCAAAUGUUUGCACUCCUGACCUGAAUUCCCCAUCCUUGCCACACGCUUCAAAUUCUAAGAAGCAACUUGAUAGUGGUGGAAUUUCCCAUCACACUGCAAAAGCCUCUCCUGACACUGGGGGAGGUCUGUCUCGCAAAGAUACAGAGCGAAAUGUGCCCAAGGGUGUUCUGGGUCCGCAUGUACUAGUGCCCAAAGGAAUUAGCUUUCUCUCCGCUGGAAAAUCAUCAGUUGUUGAAUCCAGUCAUUCCACACCACGAAGUUCAUCUCUGUCCAGGAGUGAGGGGUUCAAAGUUGGAAAUCAGAGAGAUCAAAGUGCAGCAGGCUCAAAUGAAAACUCAAAUGAGAUUCCAAAGAGAAUUCCAGCAGCUUUGAUACCCAACGGGAUAAAUUUCCUCUCUUUCGGCAGAGCUCCAUUGGAAUUUUCUGGUACUAGGAAUUUAACUAGCGAUAGUGGUGCCAAAUCAUCUUUAUCCAGCAAUUUUAAUGCACAUAAACAAUCAAGCUUCCCGGGCAAUGACGUCCAAGUUGGCAAAGAAACAAGUGAAAGUGUGUCAAAUUCAAAACCCUGGUUGAAAAGGAUGCUGCAUAAAACUGAAUUUGCAGCAUCAUCUCUGAAAUCAAACAGUUUGUCAUUCAAUGAAUCUUCAAUAAAUGCAUCUAUAGGUAAUGCGCAGGAUAGCAUGCCUUCCAGUUCAGCUACGCUUGUUGAUAGAACUCUUCAAGAAAGUGAAAUUUUACCUGACAGACGUCAGGAUUUUAGGACAAUCUCACACGGGCAGCCAGCUUCUCCACUUGGUUCAGGUCAAUCUGCAGAUUGCUUGGGACACGCACGCUUAAAAAGCGCACCAAAUUCAGCUCAGAAGGCACUAAUAUCAACUCUUGCUUUUGCAGCAAAGGUUGAAUCCCAGAUGAAGUCAAAGCAGCCCACCAUUAGUACUCUUUCUUUAAGUAGCAGGGCCGAUAAGGAAACUGAGGAUAUUGGUAAAUCCAAAGAUUCACAGAACAACUUAGCAAAAGCAUCAAAAAUUUUGGAUUUUUUGUCCAGUGUCGGUGAUAAAACGAAGCGGUGAUUAGAUUGUAGCUCGGAGAUGGAAUUACAGUGAGAAUUGUGGGUGGAAACUUUUGACACUCCAGAAUAUGACAAACGAGAGAAAUUCACUGAAUGGUGUUACCAAUUGAUAAUACAUUCUUUCCCCUCCCCCCUCAAAGUCUCUUUUUCAGCUCCAUUUGACCAGGUACAAUUUGUACAUCUUCCUCCAUGCAUAGCAGCUUUUAGUUGACAAUAAAGCGGCUAAUUAUCUUGGAGAAAUAUGGUGUAGGUGGUUGACGAUGCUGAAAUAUUUGGAAGCCAAUUGAAGUAAGUACCAUUUUUUGAGACAGAUGUCGGUAGAUCUUGGCAGAUUCACCAGGUGCUAAUGUUCUACAUAAUCUUAGAUUAUGUAUGGACAAUAUGAACUCUGUCCACAGAUCCCACUGGCUUAUAUUUCCAAGUUGGCUUGGUUUUUGCCAUAUUACAGUUGAUUAAUGCCAUGAUAAAACAUAGUGAUGAUUUGCACUUGCAAUGGCAAUGGAAUACAGGCUGGAGGGAGUCUUAGCAACUAUUGCCGUUUUCUUUUUGUUGCUUUAUCUUCUUUUCUGUUUGCACUCUCACAGUGCAAGAUUAGAAGAAGAUAUGUUAUAGGAUAAGCAGAUAAAAAGUCAAUUUACCUCUUGAACUUAUUGUCCAAUGGUCAAAUAUAUCUAAUUUAAAUUUUUUUAGCAAA